UAAAAACAAUAUAUAGUAGACUUCUUUGUCUCUCUCCAAAAAAGCCAGAAAUAGAAUCGGAGAACAAUCUCAUAGACUUUUUUUCUUGUGCUUAUGGAAAAUGAAUUCUUGGAAUGUACCGAAAAAGCUUAAGAUCAUUCUCCUCGGAGAUAGCGGGGUAGGCAAAACAACACUGUUGAACCGAUACAAUAACAAGGAUUUCAAGCAGCUACAUCAAUCUACAGUAUACGUAGAUGUUAUCACCAAGGAGAUUUGUAUCGCAGAAAAAACUUUCAGUUUACAAAUUUGGGAUACGGCCGGACAAGAAAGAUUUAACAGUAUACCAUCAAGGUUCUAUCGGGACAUAGAUUGUUGCGUUCUUGUCUACGACGUGAAUAUUUUCAAAACGUUUGAAUCUAUCGACAACUGGCACGCCGAGUUCAUCAAACAGGCAAAUCCAAUGACACCUAGCAAGUUUCCCUUUGUCUUGGUGGGCAACAAGAUUGAUAUAAACACCGGAAAACCCCGAGUUGUUGCAAAAGAGAUAGCAGAACAAUGGUGUGGCUCAAAGGAGAAUAUAACACACUUUGAGACUUCGGCAAAGGAAAAAACCAAUGUAGAAGAAGCUUUUCUGGAGAUGGCCAACAAGGCUCGCUCAAAUGAGCAUUAUUUGCCCAUAUAUGUGCCCAUACAGAUGCCCAUACAGAUAAGCACACCACUGGAGGAGAAGCCAAUACGUUGUUCUUGCUGAAGUAAUCGACUACCGCGCGUACCAUAUGUUGUUUGUUAUAUUAUUUCAAAACAAGGGAUUUAAAGAUUGUACGUGCUUCCAUAUAACACUUAUUUACAUAAUGAAGUGAAGGCCCAUAUAUGCCGAUAAAAAGUUCUUA